AUGCGUUCCGACCCUGUUUCUAUAUUCGUUUUCCUUGUUUUAAUUGCAGGUGAGCUUGUUAAAUUUUCAGUUGUAACCUUUAUUAUGACGUCACCUUGAGCUCCUUAAAGAUAUCAUAAUAAUGACGUCAUUUCAAAGCAGCUUGAAAAUGACGUCAAUUUUUUCAAUUUUAUAAAUGAAGUAACUAACGUCAUAAAAAAAAUUUGUAUCAAGAAAAAAAUUUUUAAGCCAGGAAAUUUUAUUGCUCAUCUUUUCAAAGGUGGGGACACUUAAGAACAAUUUUAUGAUGACGUCAUUUGAAAAAAAAGGAAAAUGACGUCACUAAAAAGCAGCUUGAAAAUGACGUCAAUUUUUCCAAUUUUAUAAGUGAAGUAACUGACGUCAUUUUAAAAAAAUAAAAAAAUAAUUUUUGUGAAAUAUUUUUUUGACCCAGAGAAUUCUGUUGCCAUUUUAUUCGUAGGUGUGAAAAAAAUCACCAGUUUUAAAAUGACGUCAUUUAAGAAAUUUUGGAAAAAUGACGUCGAUCCCCACUUUCACCAUUUUCAUUCAAGAAACUCAGUUAUUUGAUUUUUUUUUUUUGUUGCUGAUUCCACUUUUUUUUUAAUGACGUCACUUUCAGUCUUUACUAAAAUGACGUCAUCCUGAUAAUUCUGGGGUGACUUCAAAUAUAUUAUGAAAGGAGAAAUUUCGAUCCGUCACUUUCGGCCAGCGAAAACUGAAACUUGAUCCAAGCUUGUGUGACCAUGACGUCAUCAAGCUGGAACUUCUCUCAGUGACGUCACUUUUCAGGGCCUGGGACCUAUUACAGUUCUAGGAGUCCAAAUGAACCAUAUUAUUUGAUAAACCUCACUGUUUCAAAUAAGACCGAGGACAAACUUAAUAUUCAAAUAAAAAUCUGGCUAAAAUCUCGAAAGAAAAAAAAAACAGCAUCGAUUUUAGUUAUGUAAUAGUGACUGUACUAUAAUAAUUUCUAAAAUCUUCAAAAAAUGAGAUUCGAAGUGAAUUUCAGGCCUAGUCGAAGCUCUGACGAUGGCCGACUUGCAGCGAAAACCCAUAUCUAUUGAGCCUGACCCGGUCUCGUUCAUUCGUACUGUUGGGACAGUUGGGGACAGGAAGGUGAGCUUUAUAGCGGGUUCACGGCUGGCUUGAGCCAUCGAAAAAAUGGUCCUGACACGAUAAUACACGAGAUAGCGCCUGGCUCGUGACACGCCCCUUAGCGUCCCAAGCUAGCCGUGAAUCAGCUUUAUCAUUUCUUCUCAAGCAUUGGAAAAUGAUUUCAGAUAGUUCCCCGACGGUUCUCGACCUCGCACAAGUUCCUCAUCGACGACGCCGGGAAAGCUUUCCGAAUCAGCGGAAUUCCAGAGCCCCCAAGGUCCAGCAGUGUAUAUGGACAUCGUCUGAGCUACAAUCACGUGCCUUCCGUUGCCGCCAGCAAUGAUGUUCUUGGAUUCUCAAGCUAA